CAUGCAUUCAAGUUCAGUUACACCUGACAGAGGUGACGAGUUACUGAGGAAAGGAAACAGCUCUGACAUCAAACAUCAAAGAUGAGCACCGAUUCUGCAUCGAGGGCUACUUUCAUCAAUGAUUCCUUUGUGCGUCCUCAGGGAUUUUAUCUUGCUGGGUUUUCAUCAUUACCUUUAGUCAAUGUAUAUUUAAUUUUCCUAUCCGUAGUGUACAUUGUAACGUUGCUGUCUAACACAUUGAUAGUCUCAGUAAUAUGGUCAGAGGAACGCCUUCAUACUCCCAAGUACAUCGCGGUGGUCAACCUGGCGGUCACUGACAUUUGUUACAGCACAACCUUGAUCCCACAGAUGAUCAGGGCUUUUCUUCUCAAAUACAACUUCGUCCCGUAUAGUUUAUGCUUAACGCAAAUGUUCUUUGCCUUUACGUUCGCUUCGCUAGAAUCUUUCUCGCUUGCUAUACUGGCGUACGACAGGUUAAUUGCAAUAUGUUUUCCACUGAGGCAGCACUAUUUUAACACAGUGCCUAAAAUGACCUGCAUCGUAUUUACUGCUUGGAUCGUAUGUACCGUUGCCAUUGCUUAUUCCGUUUCUUUAAUGAACAACCUAUCUUUCUGUAAAUCCACCACGAUUUACAGCUAUUUCUGCGAUUACGCACCAGUGUUUCGAUUAGCCUGCAACGAUUAUACACAACAAUGGGUCACUGCUGUCGUACUCAGCAUGCUCAUAAUAUUUGUCCCUUUGAUGUUUAUAAUUUGCUCGUAUUUGUCCAUAUUAACUGCUGUUUUCAAAAUGCAAAACCUAGCUGGCAGACACAAAGCACUUGUGACAUGUACCGAGCAUUUAACGUUAGUGGCACUUUUUUACUUACCGAUUUUAAUCCUGUAUAUUUGGGGAUUCUUUUUUUUAGCUGUUGAUGUCGACAUAAGAAUGCUCAACCUUUCAUUGUCUGCUUGCAUUCCACCUUUAAUGAACCCAAUAGUGUAUACCCUGAAAACCAAAGAAAUCAUGAAUAAAAUACCAGCACUUUUCAGAAUAGUUAAAGUUGGUUCUAAAUAA